GCUGCUUGCUGCCUCCAUUUUGCAUUUCAGAAGCUGCCGUGCGUGAGGAGAGGCUGUGAAAAGAGGCUGUGGCGACGCUUAAAUAACCAUCAGCUCAAAACGAAGAUCAUUUUUAUCUGCAAUGGACGGUGAUGUUGCGGUUGGUGUGAAGAGGGGAUCUGACGAGUUGCUGUCAGGAGGACACUACAACAGCCCCAACUCCUCGGUCACUUGUGAGUAUUGUGUGUGUCUCUUGUCUUGUCUUGCAGCAAAUGGGAGUGACAGCAAGAAGCUGCGUGUGGAGGAGAAUCCGCCGUCGCGCGUGAUCCACAUCCGCAAGCUGCCCAACGAGGUGUCGGAGACCGAGGUCAUCGCCCUGGGGCUGCCCUUCGGGAAGGUCACCAACAUCCUGAUGCUCAAGGGCAAGAACCAGGCGUUCCUGGAGAUGGGGACGGAGGAGGCGGCCAUCACCAUGGUGAACUACUACGCUACGGUGACGCCGCAGGUUCGCAACGUGCCCGUCUUCAUCCAGUACUCGAACCACAAGGAGCUCAAGACCGACUCCACUCUCAACCAGGACGGGAGCUCCCCCAACUCGGACGGAGACAGCGUGCUGCCCGCCCCCAGCCCUGUGUUGAGGAUCAUCAUCGACAACAUGUUCUACCCCGUCACCCUUGACGUCCUGCAGCAGAUCUUCUCCAAGUUCGGCACGGUCAUGAAGAUCAUCACCUUCACCAAGAACAACCAGUUCCAGGCCCUGCUGCAGUACAGCGAACCCGUCAACGCACAGCAGGCCAAGCUGUCUCUGGACGGCCAGAACAUAUACAACUCCUGCUGCACGCUGCGCAUCGACUACUCCAAACUGGUGAACCUGAACGUCAAGUACAACAACGACAAGAGCCGCGACUACACGCGCCCAGACCUGCCCGCCGGUGACGGACAAGACUCCAGCAUGGGCAAGGACUCCACCUCGCUGCUCGGUUCUCCAAGUGCUGUUCCCUUCUCUAGUGGCGGAGGUUAUUCGUCUUCUCUUUGCCUUGCGCAAGGCGGAGGUGCCAUCUCUCCGUUGAGUGCGGCGGCAGCAGCAGCGGCGGCUGCAGGUCGUGUUGCUCUGGCCGGCCACUCGGGCACCAGCGGAGUCCUGCUGGUCAGCAACCUCAACGAGGAGAUGGUUGCGCCUCAAAGUCUCUUUACCCUCUUCGGCGUGUACGGUGACGUGCAGCGCGUGAAGAUUCUCUUCAACAAGAAGGACAGCGCCCUGAUCCAGCUGUCAGACGGCAACCAGGCUCAGCUGGCCAUGAGCCACCUGAAUGGCCAGAAGAUGUACGGCAAGAUCAUCCGCGUGACGCUGUCUAAGCACACGACGGUGCAGCUGCCGCGCGACGGCCUGGACGACCAGGGCCUCACCAAGGACUUCGCCAACUCCCCGCUGCACCGCUUCAAGAAGCCCGGCAGCAAGAACUUCCAGAACAUCUUCCCUCCCUCCGCCACCAUGCACCUGUCCAACAUACCGGAGAGCGUGUCCGAGGAUGAUCUGCGAUUGCUCUUCUCCAACGCCGGGGGAACCGUCAAGGCCUUCAAGUUCUUCCAGGACCGCAAGAUGGCGCUGCUGCAGAUGUCCACGGUUGAGGAGGCGAUCCAGGUCCUGAUUGACCUGCACAACUACGACAUGGGGAGUGGACACCGCCUCAAGGUCUCCUUCUCCAAGUCCACCAUCUAAAGCCUCAUACGCCCACCCUACGCCCCCCUCCUGCCCCCACCUCCCUGUCCCAGAUAUGAAACCCUUUACACGUGUACUCCCCUCCGCCCUAAACACACACACACACACACACACACACACACACACACACACACACACACACACACACACCUGAACAUAAACCUACUCCUACACACACACACACACUCCUACACACACACACACAC